UGGAGGAGCCAAACCGUGGAAGACCCAAGGACUUUAAUUGUGAAGUCUGAUGAUAGUGUCUCAGCCAGAAUCAACACAGCGGUAUCUUGAGGGAUUUAAGGCCCCAGCACAGUAUGUCCAGACUACUCAUUGACAAACCAGAGAAGCAAUGACCCAACCAUCCUGGAACUGACUAAUAAUAUCAUCCAGCUAACUCUGUGACAAUGAACAAGAACAGAAAUCGGAUGGCAGAACAGAUCUUGGAUCUCACCCUGGAGAUCAUCUACCUGCUGACUGGAGAGGAUUAUAUGGUUGUGAAGAAGCCUGGUGAUCAUGUCUCACUCAGGAGCAGCAGUCCUUGUACUUCAAAGAGAUCCUACAAGACCCGGAGUCCCAGCACGGUGCUUCCACCUCGUUCUCUAAUCCGUGAGAGAGACAAUGAUCAAAAGAUCCUGGAACUGACCAAUCAGAUCAUUGUGCUGCUGACUGGAGAGGAGUUAGAGUAUAUGGAAGAACGCAAGGAUCUCUACAAGGACGGGAUGAUUGAGAACCAGCAGCCCCUCAGCUCACUGGAUUUGUCCAGGACCAAAAGAUCAUCAGCAUUUCAAACAUUUGCAAUGUUUUGUAAACCAAAUAGAGGCAAUGGUGUGUUAAAUUUUUCUGUCUCAAGUGAAGAAGGUAAUUUUAACGAAUUUUAUAAAGCCACAGAAUGUCCAUCUACUCACAUUAAAGAGGAGCCAGCCUUGUAUGAAGAAGGAAAUCUCACAGACAUUUAUAAACCCAUAGAACAUACCCAAAUAGAAUAUCCAUCUAUUCGUAUUAAGGAGGAACCAGAUUCAUGGGAAGAAGAAAAUGUCGCAGACAUUUAUACAGUUGCCGAACAUUCACAGACAGAAUAUCCAUCUCUUCAUAUUAAGGAGGAACCAGAUUCCUGGGAAGAAGGAGAUUUCAGAGAUAUUUAUACACCCACCAAACAUACACAGACAUCUACUCAUAUUAAGGAAGAACCUACACCAUGGGAAGAAGAACAUUUCGCAAUCAUCUAUGCACCUGAAGAAAAUCCACAAACAGAAUAUGCUCAUAUUACUGAGGAAGCAGCCUCAUGCGAAGUAGGAAAUCUGACAGACAUUUAUACAUCCACAGAACUUUCUAAAUGUGCAAUUUCAUUUACUUGUAAGCAAACUCCUGAAAAGCAUCUCCAAAUUCACAGAGGAGUUAAACCAUAUUCAUGCUCGGACUGUGGGAAUUUUUUUCGCUACCAAUCUGAGCUUGUAAAACAUCAAAGAAUUCAUACAGGAGAGAAGCCCUAUUCAUGUCCUGAAUGUGGGAAAUGCUUUAGUCGCAAAGAUGUUCUUGUAAAACAUAGAAGAAUUCAUACAGGAGAGAAACCAUAUGCAUGCUCCCAAUGUGGAAAAUGUUUUGGUCAGAAAGUUGUUCUUGUAAAACAUCAAAGAGUUCAUGCAGAAAAGAAUAAUUUCUACUGUUCUGAGGAUGGGAAGCGUUACACACAAAAGUCAUAUCAUGCAUUCCAUACUACAGUUCCCACUGGGGUUAAACCCUAUUCCUGCUCUGACUGCGGGAAAAGUUUUAGGAGAAAAGACGUCCUUGUGAAACAUCAGAGAACUCACACAGGAGAGAAACCGUAUUCUUGCUCUGAAUGUGGGAAAUGUUUCAGUCAGAAAGUCGUUCUUGUAAAACAUCAAAGGGUUCACGAAGAAAAGAAAAUGUUCCCUUGUUCUGAAACUGGGAAGCGUAAUACACAAAAGACAGAUCAUGCAUUUAAUGCUUCUGUUUCCAAUGGAGAGAAACCAUAUUCUUGCUCUGAAUGUGGAAAAUGUUUUAAGCGGAAAGACGUCCUUGUGAAACAUAAGAGAGUUCACACAGGAGAGAGACCAUAUUCUUGUGCUGAAUGUGGGAAAUGUUUUAGUCAGAAAAUUGUUCUUGUAAAACAUCAAAGAGUUCAUAUGGCAAAGAAUAUAUUUUCUUGUUCUGAAUGUGGGACAUGUUUUACACAAAAGUCAAAUCUGGUUUCACACAUGAAAAUCCAUUCUUAAUGGAAACCAUAUUAAUUCCGUGUUAUUUUCUAGACAAAAAAAAAGUCUGAUCAGUUGUCUGUAGACACAUAGAAAUAAAUUAGUCUUCUUUAAAUGAACAUGUUGUCAAUAGAUCACAGGAUGGCGUCUCUCUGUUGAAGAUAUGUGUGGUGACAGCAAAGUUUGUUGACCACAUGGUGUAUAAUGCCUAUAUGAACUCAAUAAAGUGUGAUAACCCUGUCCAAACAAAGUGUUCUGUUGCCAUAUUA